UGUUGGAAAAAUAUGAGUUGUACGAGAGCAAGUGUGUUAUCGAAAAACCGCAAAAGCAAUACAGUGGUGGCAGAAAAAAUAUAACCAAUGCUACAACUGCGGCUCUAAUGAACACAUGAGAAAAGACUGCAAGGCAGAAACAAAAUGUUUUAAAUGUGCAGGCAGCGGUCAUAUAUCUUCAAAAUGUCCCUUUACAAAUGCGUCAGCGCGGCCGGAAUGCGCUGAAUCAAAAGAGCUAAUACAAGACGAUGAUCGAGUCAAUGAUAGCUGAGUACAAGCCAGCAGAAAACAACGCUGAAUGCCCGGUGUCGAUGAAGAUCCUCCUCGCUAGAGGAGCGUACAAAACCAUUUCGUCAUCAACAAAACCGUCACUCAGCUAUGGAAUCCGAGUCGAUUACAAAACAAGUUGACGCCUGGUUGCAGGAUGGCAUUGUGCGCAAAUCUUCAUCGAACUUUGCCAGUCGAGUCGUCGUGGUGAAAAAGCUGCAAGCGCAAGUCAAGGACGCGCUGCGAGACGCCGAGGAAGCAAAGGCCGCCAAGGAGGAACUACAGGCGUUGAGCAAGGAGGCCGAGCGCAAGAUCAAGGCCCUGGAGGCAGAAGUAUUACAGCUGACUGAAGAUCUGGCCAGCUCAGAGAGGGCGCGACGUGCUGCUGAAACGCAGCGUUACGCUUUAACUCUUCGCGUCGCCGAACUCACUGAACGUAUCAGCAGCGCGGAAAAGGAAAUGUUCCCGCUGCAGUGCAGCAACAAGGUACUGACAUCGAUGAUUGAGGAGAUUAACGUGGAGAACACCUCGCUCCGCACCGAGGCAAUCAAGUGGCAGCAACCCAGAGGAGUUCAAGCGUCUGCAGGCUGAGCGAGAGCACCUGGCCAAGUUGCUGACCGCCGAGAGAGCUGAAUUACGCAAGGAGGUAAAAACACAUAUUCAGCAGGCACAGCAUAAGUAUAAAGACGGCUAUGAUCGCAAACGCAAGGGCGAGCGUACAUAUAAAGAAGGAGACCUGGUGGCUAUUAAAGGAAAUCAGUUUGUGGCUGGCAAAAAACUAGUUAGCAGUUUUCUCGGGCCAUAUGAAGUAACUAAGGUAAAAAAAAAACGACCGAUACGAUGUACGAAAAGCAGCUCAGAUGGAAGGUCGUACAUGUGUAGAAAAUAUGAAGCUAUGGAAGUACGCGUCUACAAAGGAAGAUCUAUGGUCGUCUGGGUCAGACGACAGUGAUCAGGAUGGCCGAAUGUAACAAUAGUUAUCGAUAGGCGAUGAUCGAAAAUCAUCGCAAAGGGUAGCGUCGUGAGCGCAAGUAGAUAUAAGAAAAUAGGACAAGCAUAGAGAGAGUCGAAGUAGAACAAAGCGAGUUGAAAGUGGUGU